CUUGCCAAAUUAUAAAAUCCGGGACCCUGGCCUCCCAAUCUUUUAGUGCGGGCUUUGACAUGAAGAUCGUCGCAACUGUUAUUACCCUGAUUUCAGGGAUUAUCAUUGGAAAUGGACAGAUCGCUGUAUCAUUCCUGGAUCCCGAUUGCGGAGUUUCGAUUUCGGGAUCUACUACUACUGGGGCUAGAGUUAGCCCUAGGAUACUCAAUGGCGCAACGGCAGAUAUGUUUGGUAAUCCAUGGAUGGCAUUGAUAAGUAGUCUCAGCGGCACGUGCGGUGGAUCGCUCAUAACAAACCGCUUUGUGCUUAGUGCUGCCCAUUGCAGAAGUAGCUACCCCACGCUAGUAUACCUAGGGGAGUUUGACAGAUCUACCAUCACCGAUUGCUCGACCACAGCCUGCAUGCCAAACGCCAUUGCAAUUUCCGUUGAGGCUCAAAUAGUUCACCUAAGCUAUUACCAUUUUACCCAGAAUGAUAUAGCAUUGUUUCGACUGGCCAGGGAAGUGCAGUAUACAGACUACAUAAAGCCAAUUUGUCUGCUGACCAACUACAAUCCCUUGAAUUCCAUCAGUUCCUUGACUGUCACUGGAUGGGGUACCACAGAAAAUGGAUCCCCUAGCAGCAUAUUAAGGACCGCAACCCUGAGGCAAGUGGAUCGAUCAUAUUGCUCAGCCUUUUACAAAAAUAUAGUGGAUAUGUCUCAUAUCUGUGCUGGGGACUCUAACUCGAAUACAUGCAGCGGAGACUCCGGGGGCCCAAUAUCCGUUAAAAUAGAAAUAAACGGUACAAACCGUGUUGCUCAGCUCGGAAUUGUCAGUUAUGGCGAAAACACAUGCAGAUAUUAUGCGGUCUACACGAAUGUCAUGCACCAUAUCAACUGGAUCCUGGGAGUCGUGCGACAAUACACACAGUAUACCCUAGUAUACCAAGCACCAGUAAUUUACUAUUAUACGCCUUGUGCGAACGUUGGAUGAUUCCCAAUUUUUAGCAAGAGC